AUGGAUGAAGAUGACUCAGAUAAUGACAUCAACGAUCAUGACGAAUGGGAGCCUCCUGCAGCACCAGCACCCUCAAGUCAUUCUGCGGAGCAUCAUGACACUAACAAUCAUGACGAAUGGGAACCUCCUGUAGUGCCAGCACCUGCGCACAAUGAUGCCUUACACCCACCUACCGCAGAUCAAGGCCAAGAUGCUUUUCAUAUGGCGCAGCGGCGACUUCUUGAACACGAACAAGUACCUAUAGUUGUCCAUUACCCUGAUCAACGAGCUGGACAGCCCAUCGACUCAGCCAUCAAGCAGCCAAGCAAUAUAACCUACCAUGCACAGCUUAAUGGCUCGAGUGCAGAUAAUAUCUAUGCCCCAUUCGCCUCGAAGCUUGAUUGGGAGAUGGCUCGAUGGGCAAAAUUACAAGGUUCAAGCUCAACUGCGUUCUCAGAACUUGUUUCUAUUGAAGGUCUUAGCGAAAAGAUUGGUCUUUCCUUCAAGAAUACACGGGAACUGAACAAGAUCAUCGACGAUGAACUUCCAGGCCGUCCGAAAUUCAAAUGCGAUCAGAUUGUCGUUGCUAAUGAAGUGUUUGAUGUCUACUAUCGCGAUAUCAUUGAAUGCAUCAAGGCUCUUUUCAGUGAUCCAAGUUUUGCUGACUUUCUGGUCUUUGCGCCUGAACGCCAUUAUGCCGACGAAGAUGAGACGAUUCGUUUAUAUCAUGAGAUGCAUACUGAAAAUGGUGGUGGAAUAAAACACUUAGAUCACGAGCGCCCUGGUGCUACAAUAAUUCCCAUCAUCAUUUCAUCAGACAAGACUCAAGUUACGAUGUUUCGCAACAAGACAGCAUACCCCGUCUACGUGACUAUUGGAAACAUCCCAAAGGAUAUUCGUCGGAAACCAUCACGCCAGGCACAUGUCCUCCUCGCAUACCUUCCAACUACUCGCCUUGAACACAUUACCAACAAAGCUGCUCGCCGACGGAUGCUUGCCAAUUUAUAUCAUGCUUGUGUGGGACGUGUACUUGCACCACUCACAGCUGCCGGCAUCAAUGGCAUUAAUAUGCGAAGUGGUGAUGGAAUAAUGCGUCGAGGCCAUCCUUUGUUUGCAUGUUUUGCAGGAGACUACCCAGAGCAAGUUUUAGCUACCGGAGUCAAGACAACUCAAUGUCCAAAUUGCGAUCAACUGGUGUCGCAAAUUGGCAACCUACGAGACCUUGGUGCAGUACUUGAUGCCCUCUGCGCUCUUGACCAAGGUGGAUUGGCCUUUCCUAUUGUCCACCCAUUCUGGGAGGGACUACCCUUUGUCAAUAUAUUCGAAUCCAUAACUCCUGAUAUUCUGCAUCAACUAUACCAAGGGCUCGUCAAGCAUCUCCUCGCUUGGCUUUCUGAUGCAUGUGGCAGUACGGAGAUUGAUGCACGAUGUCGACGCCUCCCCCCAAAUCACCAUAUUCGACUAUUUACGAAGGGCAUCACAACUCUUUCACGUGUAAGCGGUACAGAACAUAAUCAAAUUUGCCAUUUCUUGCUCGGCAUCAUCAUCGACAUCAGUCUACCUAAUAAUAUGUCUUCCGCUCGACUCCUCCAUGCCGUUCGUGGUCUGCUAGACUUUUUAUAUUUUGCUCAGUACCCAUGUCACAGCUCUGAGACGCUGGUUUUACUUGACGAGGCACUUAACCUUUUCCACGACAACAAGGACAUCUUUAUUGACCUUGGCAUUCGGAAUUCCUUCAACUUGCCAAAACUCCACUUCACAGCUCACUACACUCACAUGAUUCGAAUGUAUGGCACUACGGACAACUACAAUACCGAAUACACCGAACACCUUCACAUUGACCUUGCGAAAGAUGCUUAUCGCUCUACGAACCACAAGAAUGAGGAGAAAAUUUCACGUCAUGAGAAAUACAUUCAGUGGAGACUCGUCGAAAACACCACACGUCCGCAUCAUCAGCCCCGUCCCCCAGAAAUGACAUUUCGUUGUACUCAAACGAUGACAAAGCAUCCUACCAUCAAGGCGGUCACAUUGGACAAGGUCGCAAACGAAUAUGGUGCCACGCACUUUAAUGAAUGUCUCGCACGUUAUGUUGCGAAAGCUACCCUUCCUGUCGACACUACUGUGAAAUGGCUCUUGGAUAAUGUUCGUGGUGAUGGGGAUCCUCCGGUCACAGUCGAUAGUGUCCAUGCACGUCCUGGACGAUCAGGAAAAUUUACAUCCGACAGUGUUGCGCCACGAUUUGAUACCGUGUUCGUUAAUGAUGGCACAGGCGGGUCACUUGGCAUCAAAGGAUAUCGAAUUGCGCAAGUCCGUAUCAUAUUCUCGAUACCUCCCAAAGCCAUCCCCCAACUUUUCCCAUCCACAUUUCAGCCUCCAAAACAUCUCGCAUACGUCGAAUGGUUCUCUGCCUUCUGUGUACCUGAUCGAGAUCACGGCCUGCACAAGGUCUCACGUGUCGUUAAAAAUGGAGAAUGAAUGGCCAGCAUCAUACCAAUCAGCAAUAUUCAUUGUAGUGCCCAUUUGAUUCCGCAUUUCGGCUCUGUAGCUCCUUGUGAAUGGACCUCUGCUAACGUUCUUGACGAGUGUUCAUCAUUCUAUGUAAAUACAUACUUAGAUCGAUACAGUUUUGCAACACUGCGCUAGUUGCCAAUGAUUAUCAUUAGCUUGCAC